CCUCAUUUUGUAUAUCAGUCUGCUCUGUAUCUGGGGAUCUUUGUUCAUUUGCAUUUGCCCUCUGGAACUUCAUGUAAAUGAGCAUAAAAAAGAAGCAACAACAAAUAUAGAGCUGCAUUGUGUUUAGUUAUCACGCAGAACAUAAACUGCAGGAGACACAUAGAGACUAACAGGGCAAAAUCUCCAUCAGUAUCAGUCAUGAGUUCAGCUCUGUAUCUGAUCCUGCUUUUCUCAGCUCUGUGGACUCUCGCCGUCUGUGGGACUCGUCAGUUUUAUGUGGUGAAUGAAAAAAGAAACUGGGUCAACGCUCAGAAACACUGCAGAGAGAAAUUCACUGACCUGGCCACCAUUGAGAGCCAAGAGGAAAUGAACGCUGUAAUAGCUGUUCUCAAUGGGACACAAGGUUAUUUCUGGAUAGGACUGAGACAGAACAUGCAACAGAACAACAUUAGCUGGAUCUGGUCAGAUUGGAGCAACUUCUCAUACAGCAACUGGAACUCUGGAGAGCCAAACAACGGUGUGGGUGAUUACUGUGGGAUAUUAUUGAGUGACAACGCAUACAGAUGGAAUGAUCUAGGCUGCACUUACCAAGAUCCAUUUGUCUGCUAUAUAAAGAUUCCACUCAUCCUGAUUAAUCAGACCAAGACGUGGAGAGAAGCUCUGAGAUACUGCAGAGAGAAUCAUGUGGAUCUGGUCUCUGUUCACACUGAGGAAAUUCAGCACUGGGUGGAGAUUAUUACUAACAAUGCCUCCACUGCUAAUGUGUGGAUGGGUCUGCGUCACACCUGCGUCUUAGGUAUCUGGUUCUGGGUGAGUGGAUCGACUGUGUGCUAUGAGAAGUGGGCUCCGGGGAACGGGACAGAAGUGGAAGACUGCAGUGGAGGAGAAAGAACAGGAGCGAUGCAGUCUGGAAGUAAGCAGUGGGUCAGUCUGCCAGAGAAUCAGAGACUCAACUUCAUCUGCACCAUUAAGAGUAAGUCUGAGGAUUAAAUAUUAGUAAAUUUUAAUGGAGAAACAAAUAAUGAAUAAUGUUGUUUGCAUCUUUUUAGAGUUCUAGAAGGAGAUGCAGACUGUUCAGCUGGAUCCGGUCAUUCAUCAACAUGCUUCUUAUGAAGUCAUGCAAAUAUGAUCAUUCAGCUUAAUAA